AUGGACAAUAGGCUGUCGCAAUCACUGGAAGCCAAGAACAGGGCAAAGUAUAGGGUUUAUAACGAUCUAGAAAAGCCAAACACUGAGAUUCCCCAGCCUGGAAGAAGGAACUCAAACAGUGAUAUAGUCAGAAAGGUUGUCACGAUAAGGAAUCAAAGUCAAAGUCAAGGUCAAGAUCAAGAUCAAGGCAUGGAGGAGGUGAUGGACGGAACCAAAAGCACGGGCGUCACAGCGAGCAGAGGGCCUGGGCGUCAACACCCUUUAGCGAGCGGCAGCGGCAGAGAGCGCCAACGAGAAAACAGAGCAGCCCGCACCUCGUAA